GUGCAGCUGGAGAAGUUUGAGAGAUCUGUGGAUCCUGUAGUGAUCUGCCUCGCUGUGGCUUUGGGAGUGUGUGUGCUUGUGAUUUUUAUCCUAACCUGUGGAAGGAGAAACCAUGAACAACACAAGGUGAGAUUAAAACAAGGGUCCAUGACAGAAAAGACUCUCAGUCAGGAGUGUGAGAUUGUGGAUCUGAAUUAUGCUGCAUUACAUUUUAAUGAGAGGAGAGCCAAAAAAGAAAGAGUAAAGAAACAACAACCUCGAGAUGUUAUAUAUUCUGAUGUGCGACGUCCUUGUAGUUAAAGAUUGUCAAGGGUGUGGAAAAAAAGCAUACAUUAUUCUGCUAUUAUAUUGUGUUUCUAAUUAAGUAUUUAAAUGUGUAUACUUUAAGCUUGUUGAAAGUAGAGAAACUCUGACAAGUUGUUUGGUUUAUUAUUUGUUUGUACUGUUAUAAGAGUUAUAACAACCUGCGAUAUUGGGCUAGAAAUUACACACUAAGGAGUCUGCUGUUGAUGGAAAAGAAUCAGUUAUGUAGAGGUAUGAUAAUGAGGUAUGAUGUUGUAUAAUCCCGAAAUCACCACCCCAUAGUUGAUUAUUCUUAAAAAUCUAAAAAUCUUAAAGUCUCACAGGUAAUAAAUGAAGAAAUAUGAGGUUAUUGUCCAAGAAACAAACUUUUAGGCAUUGAACAUAUAUAUAUAUUCCAACUUUAUAACCUUUUUGUGUUUCUAAAGAUGCUUUGUGACAAUGCCCUUUGUAUAAAGUGCUAUACAAAUAAAGCUGAGUUAAACUGAAAUAAAUUAAGACAAGCAGGUGGUUGGUUUCAGAGUGAUAUGGAUACGGAUGAUCCGCUGUGACGAUCUCUUAACUUGAGCAGCCAAAAAAUAAAUUGAAUUAAAAUAAAUUUCAUUUAAAUGAAUUCACAGUCACAUAGUCAAAUGUGAUGUGGGUUUUUAAUGUGGGUUAAUGUGUUGUUGGUUUUUUUUGGAAUAGUGAGUGAGUCUAUAAUUGCAGUGCCAUGUAGCCGUUGCAACCUUGAGUCUAAAAAUUUUGGGGGGUAAAAAUCUUAUUUUUUUGUGCCAAUUUUGUGUUUAUAUGACAUUGGAAAAGGUACAAAAUCGGGGUACUUAGGCACACCUUCAGAGAAUCUAAAAGAUUUAUGUAAAAAAAAAAAUGUCAUGAAUAAGUCAGCACUAAAUAUUGCAGUAUCUCUAAAAAUAAUCAAAUAAAUGACUUCUUCCUAUGAUCUUCAGAAAUUGUCAACUUUCUGUUGAACAUCACAAGUCAAUUGUAUAUGUAAGUGGGAAUUGUGUGGUUGACUGAUAGAGAAGGUUGUUCCAUGCAUGACAAUAGAUGGAUAUGUUAAUGAUUGACUACAGAAAGCACACACACACACACACACACACACACACACACACACACACACACACACACACACACACAUACAUACCCAAACACUGCCUUAAUUUUAAUCUAUGCUGUUUUACCUUCUCUGGAACACAGUUUUAAAGUUAAGUGUAGCAUAAAAGAAAACCGCAUAAGGAAACACAGGAAAUGUGAAACAAGUAUAAAGGAAUAAAUGUAUGAACAAGAACAACAGUCCCAGAGGUGUUAAGUAGUUGUUGACUGCAUUACCUUCACUCUCCAGUUCACAUCAUCCCAAUCCAGAAUUGUGUAGGCCAAGUCAGCUGAUGCAGCACUCCAUCACUUUCAUUCUUAGAUAAACAGCUCUUAUGUAACCUAGAGGUGUGUUUGGGGUCAUUGUCAUUGUCCUGUUGGAAAACAAAUGACGGUCCCACUAAGUGCAAACCGGAUAGGAUGGGAUGUCUUUGCAAAAUGCUGUGGAAGCCAUGCUGGUUAAGUGUGACUUCAAUUUUGACUAAAUCACAAACACUGUGACCAGCAAAGCACCUCCACACCAUCACAGCUCCUCCUCCAUGCUUCACAGUGGGAACUACACAUUCAGGAACCUUCUGUUCCCCAUGUCUAAUAAAGUCACAGCGAAUACAAUCAAAUAUCUCAAAUUUGGACUUAUCAGAUGAAAGAACAGUUUUCCACUAGAGCAAGUCUUUUCUGUGUCUUGUUUUUUUUAAGUUAUGUUUCUUUGCCGCAAUUCAACCAUGAACGUCUCCUCUGAACAGUAGAUGUUGAAAUAUGUCUCCCAUUUGAACUCCGUGAAGCAUUUAUGGAAAUCGCAGUUUCAAAGCUGGUAAUUCUAAUAAACAUUUCCUCUGCAGCAGAGGAGGUUCCUUUUCUCGAACAUUCCUCAUGAGAGUCUGUCUCGUCAUAGUGUUUGACGGUUGCGACUGCCCUUUAGGUUACAUUUAAAAUUCUUGAGAUUUUUCUUUUUCUUAGCUGACCUUCAUUUCUCAAAGCAUUGAUAGACAGUGCCAUUGUUGCCAUAAUAUAGAUCUGUACAGUAGUUGUAGUAGCACUAAUAAGGCUCUACUUCCAUCGCUGUUUAAAACCUUGCUAAAUAUGGCUCUGUUUUAUUGCAAAAAAUGUUUUAUAGAGUAUCUUUGUCCAUAUAAAAAUGCAAGAAAUUCUGCUAUAAACAUAGCAGGCAGUUAACAAGAACUGUGACUGUUCGAUCAUAAAUUAUGUUUAGAGAACCAAUUUAGAAAAAUCACUAUGAUGGUCAAAAGCACAUUUAAUCUUUUAAUCAUCUUUAGUCGUUUGUUUUUUGGUCAGGGGCGUGGCUGGGCAAAAUAUUUAAAAUAAUAAAAAAUUGCAAUCAGUGUGUGACCUGAUGACGGAACUAUAACAUACACCAGGUGGCUCUUAGGUCUCAAGUCAAGUCAAGUGGCUUUUAUUGUCAUUUCUACUAUGCACAGUGGUAAACAGUACACAGUAAAAACGAGACAACGUUCCUCCAGAACCCUGGUGCUCCACAAAAACCCUGGUGCUACACAAAACCCCUGUUGCUACACUAAACUUUUUCUUGUCUUUUCUGAAAUCCGUGUUUGCGGUGUGGUUUGUACUGUUGGAGCUAUUAAUUUUUUAGGAGAACAGCAAGGACCAUAUUUCUAAUCUUCACAUGAAAAUAAUAGAGUGAGAUGGAACUUUAAAAUGCAAAUGGACCAACCAUUUAGAACAAACUAGUUUUUCCCUUUGGCCUCCACAUACAGAAGUUUAAGGUCAGGGGGCUGAGCUUCCAGAUGUGUUAGCUUCUCAGUAACGCCCCUCAUGCUCAGUGCGACUAUAAGACAGUUUGGUGAAAAGACAUUAUCAGACACAAUGCUGGGGAUUAAGGUGGUAAAGCUGAUAUGGAUUACGGCUGUGAUUUUUAUUAAUACUGAUUUUGCACAAAUAAACAUCAUCAAUCAGCCGAACUCAGUCAUCACUGCUGCUUCUGGUGAGAACGUGACUCUACACUGCUUUCGGUUGGAUGAAAAAAACACCGAUCCCAUCAUUUGGUACAAACAAGCAGUAGGACACGAGCCUUGUGUAUUGGUCACAGUUCAGAAACUUGCAUCAAAUCCCAUUUUUGAAGUUAAUUUCAACUCAGCAAGGUUCACCAUCGAGAAUUCAGACAGAAGCUGCCAUUUGAAAAUUGCGAACGUGAAACCGUCAGAUGAAGCCAAAUAUUACUGUGGAUUAAAAAUAUUUUCAAUAAAGUUUGGAAAAGGAACUUUUUUAUCAGUGAAAGGUGAUGAAGAUAUAAAAGUCUCAGUGUUCCAGAGCAGUGUAUCAGACUCGGUUCCUGCAGGAGCAUCAGUGACUCUGCAGUGUUCGGUUCUCUCUGAGAGCAGAGCAGCAGAACUCCAAGUGCUCUGGUUCAGAGCUGCUCCAUCACAAUCCCAUCCUCAACUCAUUUACACUCAUCACAACAGCAGCCUUCAGUGUGAGAGCGAAUCUUCUACACACACCUGUGUGUACAACUUGUCCAAGAACAUCUUCAGCCUCAAUGAUACUGGAACUUACUACUGCGCUGUGGUCCUGUGUGGGAAGAUCAUUUUCGGGAACGGGACACAAGUACAGCUGGAGAAGGAUUCACAAUUUGGUUCUCAUGUGAUCUACCUCACAGUGGUGGUCGUGUGUGUGAUUGUAAUCAUCACUGAAACUUUAAUAAUCUGUAAAAUGAGAGUCUGUGAACAAUUCAGAGUGAGACCUCAGAAAGUCUCUGUUAUAAAGAAAAGACCUGAUCAGGGUGGUGAUGCAGAAGAGCUGAAUUACGCUGCUUUGCAUUUUAAUAAGAAGAACACAAAAAAAGUGAUGAGAAAAAAAGAAAAACCUGGAGAUUGUGUUUAUUCUGAAGUGUCACAUGCAACUUAGAUCAUAUUUCUAAUGUUUUUUUGUUUUUUUUAUAAUUACGCUGCAUUACAUUUCAAUUUAAAGAAAAUCGAAGGAGGAAGAGAAAAGAGAGAAAAACAUCAAGACAGUGUGUACUCUGAAGUCAGAUCUCUCACCAAG